CUCUUCCCGAGAAAUAUAUUUUGGAGCAAAAAAAAUCACUUUUUUUUUUUUUUCUUUUUUCUCUUGUCUCUCUGCUAACAUUUCCUUCCCGAUCUUUCUUUUAGCUCAGGGAUAUAGUAGGAGUUGGUUUUGGAAAACACUGAGAGAUGAGUAAUCACACGGUUGUAUAUGUUGAUGGACUGAUUCGACCGGUUCUCACGGAGGCUGAGAGUAUGAGAUCAGAGUCGCCGGAGGAUAAUAAUGUAAUUGAUAUCCACGACGGAGUUACUACCGAGGAGGAAGAUUUACUGAUUUCUUUGGCGGAGUGCCGAAUUUGUCAGGAUGAGUGUGCUAUUAAGAAUCUUGAGAGUCCAUGUGCUUGCAAUGGCAGCCUAAAGUAUGCUCACAGGAAAUGUGUUCAGCGUUGGUGCAAUGAAAAGGGCAACACUAUAUGUGAGAUCUGUCAUCAGCCAUACCAAGCUGGAUAUACCUCUCCACCACCUCCACCUCAAUCUGAAGAUACUACUAUUGACAUUGGUGGAGGAUGGAGAAUCUCGGGUUUGGAUUUAAACGAUCCACGCCUUCUGGCAAUCGCAGAAGCUGAACGCCAGAUUUUAGAAUCAGAGUAUGAUGAUUACACAGCUUCAGAUACUAGUGGAGCUGCAUUUUUCCGCUCAGCUGCUCUAAUCUUGAUGACUCUUCUUCUAUUGCGACAUGCACUGACUAUACCAGAUUAUUCUGAUGGUGAAGAUGAUCCUUCUUCAAUACUUUCUCUUUUCUUACUUCGAGCUGCCAGUUUUCUUCUUCCUUGCUACAUCAUGGCGUCAGCCAUCAGUAUCCUGCAUCGGCGGAGACAAAGACAGGAAGCAGCGGCCCUGGCCACUCGGUUUGCGUUGGUUCUCAGCUCGCGGCAACCUAGAGCCGUGAUUAAUUAUUUGUCAAUGGAGCCGUAAAUUACACCAAAAAAAAGUUUCAGGUAUAUGCUUUUCAAUGAAUUCAGCAGGAAAAGAUUCAUGAAUUGCUGUUAAAAGACUAGUUUGCAGUAAGUAGAGAGAAGAGAGGAUUCAUAAAUUGAAUCAAACCUCUUCUAUUCACUUCUUGCAGAGCAAUUCACACAAUCUUUACUGAUGAUAUCAUUGAAGAACCAUAUGUGGUGUGAAAUUAUUAACCAAGAUUCAAUAGCAACAGGAUCAUCAGAGGAUCUACAUGAAGGUCCUUCUGAAUCGGCUCACAAACAAGGAGUGUCCUAACUUAGCGCAGUCCUUUUUUUUUUUUUUUUAAGUAUUCGAAUCUAAGAAAGAUUAUGUGUAUGUAAAAUUAAGAGUUUUAAAGAUUUUGCCCAAUCUUCCCUAAAUUGUAAUGUAGCA